AUGGCCGAAGGGCAGGUCACCGGGCUCGACGUGACGCAGAGGCUGCCGAUUGAGAUCCUACAACAUUGUUUUUGGUUCUUGAAGUUGGCGGAACCGCCCUCGUUACCUGGCACGCCUGCUGGCGUGACGCAUGGCUUCCAGUCACCGUGGUCCUGGCCCGUGCAGAUUGAGAAUACGGCACCGAGGAUAGAAAUAUAUCAGCACAGACCCUCUCUCGGAUGGAUCAAGGUCAGCCACGUCAGUGUACGAUGGAGAGAGGCGGCUCUCGGUGAGAAACGGUUGUGGGCCUUUGUACCUGAGGCGGCGACUUUAUCUACGCGAUGGUUCCCAGUCUUCAUCGAGCGAAGUGGAGUUCUGCCUCUUCGGGUUGACUUGUCGACCGUCAAAUAUGAAGCGAGCAUUACACGCAGACCACUGGUAGACAUCGCGUCGCCGUGGAUUGUCCCAGAAGUCCGAACACGCAUACGUUAUUUCACCGUACGGACGACCAUUACGCGUCAUGCUAUUGAAGAAGACGAUCUCCUCAUGAAUAUCAUCUGCGAUCUUUCCAGACAUUCCCCAAUGCUUGAAAGCUUGACGCUACAAGCUAACUCUCGAUACUAUCGCACGCUACCUCCGGAAUCAUUUCGAGGUGCCCAUAACCUGCGACGCCUAUCGUUGUGUCAAUUUCGAUUACCUCCCUGGGACUCCGUACCAUUCUCGCAAAUAACGCACCUCAGAUUGGAAAUUCACCCCCAAACUACCGCUCCCGAUGAUAUGCGCCUGACGGGUGCCGACUUGCACACCCUAUUGUCGUCUUUACACCGCAUACAAUCCCUCGAGUUGCUCGGCGUCUUGCCCCAUUCGCCCCUCAGCGGCCCCAUCAGCCUCAGCACUUCAUGCCGCGUCGUAGGACUCGGACUCAACGGACCUGUCAUUCACACGUGCCUGGCGCUCUUGUCGUCUAUCGUCAUACCGCCGCAGGCUACUAUCUCUCUUCUCUUCAAUCGUGCAUAUAGCAUCUUUGGAAUGGGUUAUACCGCCAUUCCGGGCAUCUUGGAACAUCUAUUCGGCGGAUCAAACACCCCCGCGGCCGUCCGGCUGUCCAUUACCGCCUCUGUCCUGGAAGUCGCAGAGCUCCAAGAAUCGAUUGCCCUCAGCAGGCCGUCCCCCACUGUCCAUACAUCGCGGGACCCUCGUCUAUCAGUCAGAUAUAUUGAACCACAUGAUGUCAGCAGCGAUGCUCUCGUUGCCGCUCUGAGGAAAGCGUGCUUUUCUGGUGCACGCGCGCUGCAGAUUCAUUGCGACCAAGUCGCGAUCUCGGCGCAAAUGCUACAACGCAUCUUCGAUGGACCCGCGAUUGCGCAGGAUUCGGCCACUGAACUGAUAAUCACAUCAGCAAGCGACGUAGCCACGCUUUCGCUCUACAUACACAGGGAGCUAUACCUUCGCGAAUUGCCAUUAUGGAAUAUCUUCGACGCAUUGGCACAGAAGCGAGCCGGGGGCAAGCCGGCCUUUCCUACAUUGCAGACGCUCGGUAUAUCGGACCUGCCGUUUUAUACACGAUGGUCCUUGGUUGGGGGAUCUUCCAGGGACGACGUUUACUACGUGCCCCCCGCUCUCAUAGCGUGCUUGAAGACGCGUCGAGAGCUGGGAUACCCCGUGGCUUCUCUACAGAUUCCAUUCAAGUGCAAGAGCGCCGAUAUAGAGAAUGGACUGGAGGGUCUGGUGUAUCUCGAGUACGUUUGA